GACGGCGGGAAUUUGCUGUACAUAUCAUGUAGAAAAAUGACCAGCUCUAUUUGUUUUGCCAUAAUUGGUCGUGAGUUCGAGAAAUUGCGGGCCAUUCAUGCAGGCUAUAGGUUUCUAGCUGACAUGUUGGCUUCGUUACUUGCAGAGUGUACGUAAAUGAAUGUGGUGUCCUGAGCCUGCCUACCUGGUGAAUUUGUGGUCUUUAUUGUCUUUCCUUAAAUGAUGGCAGGAGACAACACGCACCACCCUCAAGGUUCCUGCAUAAAUAUUUUGCGGCUGCCAUCGGCAAAACUCACGUCCCAAGACAUGCAACUUCUCGAAUCUGUAUGUAGCACCUUAUGUGGGCAUGAUCAGAAAGCUGUCAAGUCAGCGUGCAAUUUUAUUUCAAGCUCUAUGUCAAGAGACUACCCAGCUGAAAUAUUUCUCCAGAAACCUAGGAUUCUGUUUGCACUGUUGAAGUUGCUGACUGUUCCUUUCGAAGAAGAUCACGUGCAUGCUAUCCAGUGUUUAGAUGCAAUUAUAAGAGGCCUGCAUCGACGCAUCUUGUUUUAUUUGCAACCUGACUUCUCCUGUAGCAAAGAAGAGAGUAGCUUUCUUUCAAGAAGUAUAGGAGCAUCAAGCUCUUUUUCAACAGAAUAUUUCCAGCCUUACAGUGUUGCCAAUGAAACAGACGAUGAGAGUGCCUUCUCUUUACAAAGGUUACAGGAAGGAGGAGGCAUGCGAAAUGCAAUAUCUGUGGAAUAUCUAACCAUUCCAGACUUUUGUGGCAUGAUAAUGCGGACAUUGCUGCCUUUGUUGCGAGCAUCUCCCAUUCAUUGUUUUGCGUCUGUACAUAAAGUGUUGCUGUCUACACUCUCCCUAUUGAAAGGAACUGUUAAGCCUUGUGUUUUGUUGGAACCAUAUGUGGAAAGAACUGUUCUGGAACAAGACUUGAAGACGUGCAUGCAGGAACUGGAGAUUUGCAUGACAUUUUACAAGAAAAAUUUCCGGUGUGGGGGGCAUGCUGAUGAUCGUUUGCUCUAUAUCGCAGUUGCUGUUUUGACAUGGAAAUUUCUUGAUGCUGUUGUGGGUGUGAACAAUUCUCCUCUGGUUUUACCAACGUUCCUCAAGACUGCACUUGAGGACGUUGUCAUGGACAGUGCCUUUCGAAAUGCUUAUCCAGUUGUGCACUCCAGUCUUCUUCAGUAUGCCUCUCUUAGUGAUGUCACCUUCCGGGAUGUGUAUAAAUUGAAAGAGUUCCUAGCUGAAUCAGUGAUAUCUGCACAGAAGUUCUUCAAGAUGAGCCAAUCGAAUGUUAGCCCAAGUGAACUGGUUGCAUUCUAUAAUCUGUUUGCUGAUUCUCUGCCUUGCCUCCCCUAUCUGCCAAAUAAGAACAUGAUAAAGGAAUUUAUCAUUGCUUAUUCCAGCAUGUUUGUGUACUCCAGUGAUGCUGCAAAUUCGAUGGCCUGCACUACAUUAUUGCAGUUACUCAAACAUUCUGAUGCUAGUGUUAGGCAAGAGGCCUGGGAGUGCUGCACACAAAUUGUUAAGAAUGCAUUGCCACCAGACAGUGUCUCAUCAAUCCCUGAAUCUAAGCUCCAGCGCAUUCAGUUCAUACUUCAACACGAUAUCGUAACAUGUAUAGCCACCUGUGGCCUCCAAGAGAAUUAUAAGGAUAUUUCUGACAACUGUGCCGCUUUGUUAACAAGCUUACUACAUAGUAGGUGGCUUCUGUCUCCAAAGAACUGGAGAGAAAUAUUGUUGUGCCUUUCACCUGCAUAUCCUAUACUUCAGUGCUAUACAGAUGCUGACACUACUCUGGGAGGCUAUAUGCUUACCAUGUGUAAUCCUGACACACUGGAUGGUGUCGUUUCACUGUCUACAUUGGAGUGUCUCAUGAGUAACCUAAGGAACCUAUUUUGUGUCAAUGACAAGACGAAAGAAAAAGCACUGCACUACCUUUUGAGACUGCUUGCACAACAGGAGGAUUCUGAUGCCCGUGCUCCUCGGAUUCAGAAUGUGGCUAACAACAUAAACCUGACGGGAAUAUUUCAUUCAGAUGCUUCAUCCAAUGUGCUAUUCUCAAUGCGUAAGGCUAAUGCAACAGAACAGUCUGGUAACAUGAAAUCGCUAUUGGCAGUGGCAGGCAACAUUGCCAUGGACCCUGAUGUACGAGCUUCUUGUCUUCGCCAGGUUUCACUCUUAGUAGAAGACAGAGGUGUGCAUGCCCACUUUCAGGAUAAUGGCGGUGACGAUAUUGUAAGGAAAAUACUGGUUGACUUUUCUGAGAAAACUGACGGUUCUGUGAUAUCCUUGGAAAUGGUUAUGGAUGCUCUAAGAAUCUUAAGGACUAGACUACUACUUAGUUAUGAAUUCAGGAAUUGGCUAAGUGGGAAUGAAUCCUACUGCUUCACCAUUCUGCGGUGUUUCGUACUGCAAAGUGUUUCAAGGGGUGUUGCCCUGUUUCCAGUGAUAUUUGCUGCCAUAGCAUUUCACCAUUUCAUCAAUGUUAACAUAAUGGAAGACAAAUACGAAAUUUGCCUUCUUGGCGUCUUCCUUGAAAGGCUUCAUUUUCCAUUUGUAGUAUCUUCAUGGGAUCCACAUAGCGAAGUGAACAGUAUGGUUUCUCCUGAGGUUUUGGCCCUUAAUACUGCGGCUUUGUCCAAGCAGUUUCUCCUCCUAUGGCAUCUGGAGCAGUAUGGUGGAGAACGCGGUUUGAUUGAAGCACUGCAAGAUGAUGUUAUACUACGGGAGGGCCCACAUUUCAGUGUGCUAAAAGAAGAGGUCGACCCUAUAAUGGCCACAUGUCCACAGUUAUGUGCUGCAAACCUCCUAGCCAGGUUGUGCAAUGCAACAGCUCAUACAGAGGCUUUAAACGCUAUAUGCCACCUUUGCAUUCUCAUACAAGCACCUCCAUCGCAGCUGCCUGAUGAUGUAUGGGAGAUGAAUUCCUGGAAAGCAGCGCUUAACAGGUUCCUGGUAUUAGUUCCAUCUAGCUCAGAGGAUGCAGAAUUGCUAAGCAACGUGUUCUCAUUGCUGGAGGUUGUCCUGCUUACUGGUGAUGUUCCUCCUAAAAUGCUCGAGUGGAUGUGGCACACGGUACUGUUACAGCAUGGUCCUUGCCAGCAUAUUAUUUUGAACUUGCAGCACUUUAUGAAUCCAGGAGGUCUGCAUCACAGUUUCAGGUUGUUGGCAGAAACACUGCUCAAAUUUCUGGAAUCUCUGCUUGCAAGGAGUGAAUCAAGGUUGCCUGAAGAUCUAGAAUCCCUAGUUCUAGGCCUCGGAGCUGCCCUCAGUGUUGGAGAAAUAUCACAACCUUGCAACUUGCUACUUCUGCAUAAUAUUCUGUCCUGCUUGCAUCAUGCAUUGGCUGGAUCUGCCAGUGCCAAAGCACCAAUUAGUUGGGAUAGAUUGCUCAAGAUUCUGUCACCCCUCAUUGAGAUUGCCACCUUGUUUCACUCUGGUCCAGAAAAUAAGUGUGGGGUAUAUGUGGGCCUUAAGGUAGCACAACUGGCUGCCUUGUGCUUGCAUCAGUUUGCUGAUUGCAUGUCCACAACUGGUCCUCAUCAGUGGGAGCAAUAUUGGGUACAGUGUGAACACAAAACUGAAGGUUCAGUUAAUAUUGGGCUUACAUGGCUUUUACCUCUCUGGACUGAUCCUGACCCUCAGAUUAGAGCUGCUGGUCUUGGCAUUGCAGUCAGCUUGACAUGCUCAAAUUUUGGCCAGAAAGUACUGACUGACCAUCUACAGCAAUUAGUGGGAGGCCUAUGGGGAGUAGCACUGAGCUUCCUAAGUGACCACGAGGAAGCUAGCAUUGUAAGGGAACAGAAAUUGCACAUAUUUCCAUCUGUUACCGAACAUAAUUCUGGAGGUUGGGAGUACAUUUACUGGAACCUGCAAUGUCCAGAGUACAGUGUUGACCAUGAGGUCACAAAAUUUGUAGACUUUAGUGACAGAAAAUUGUGA